UAGAGUAUAGACACACUGUCUUUUUUUUAAAUAGAGCAAUCGUAACCAACAACAGUGAAGGUGAUUGGUCCGAAUCCCCACGUGUCACGUCGUUUUGACCGUUUUAGCUUCGGCAAGACUCGGUGGUAGGCGGGUCCCUCUUCGGGCGGGGGCUUAUCGAUUUAAAUUUGGCUUGCCGGCGCGUUUUCUGCCGAGUGCCGACAGUGACGCAGUGUUCAAGUUGUACAUUCUCGCGUGUGGUGAUAAAGUCAUCUGGCGAAACGUGAGCCAAAAAAUUAGGAUUUUCUCAAAAAAAAUCCCGGGAUAUGACGGACAGAUCUGUCAAAAGCGAAACACCGGCUGACACAGCCAACCUUAAUGGUCCCACGAAUGUGAAAAGUGCUGUGCCAAAAGUCAGACAAGAUUUGCUCAAAUGGAAUGGCUGGGGCUACAAGGAUUCCCAGUUUUGUGUCAACGACAAAAACGUCAUCGAGUUUACCGGAAACCGGUAUCCAAUAGGAAACCAACAAUUACCAUACUUCACUGCCUGGGCUAAAGAAGUAUUAAAUGUUGACCUAUCUGCAAAACGAGAGGUUCAAGCAUUACCACAAACACAACCGGAACCAAUUUUAUCUUCAAAUCUUCUGGAGGCGAUAAAACAGACAGGAAUUGAAUUUUCGACGGAAGGAGUUGACCGAUUAGUUAGAGCUCAUGGACACACUUUGAGAGAAAUUUUCACGCUGAAGCAUGGAUCAUACCAAAGAAUACCGGACAUUAUCCUAUGGCCAAAAUGCCACAAAGAUGUUGAAACGAUCGUGAAAAUCUGUGGAGAAUAUGACGUAGCUUGCAUACCUUUUGGAGGUGGAACAAGUGUCAGCGGUGCAGCUAAUUGUCCCAUUAAUGAACGCAGGACAAUAAUAUCACUCGAUACUUCACAAAUGAAUAGAAUAUUAUGGGUCGACAAGGAAAACUUGCUAGCGUGUUGCGAGGCUGGAAUCAUUGGCCAAGACCUGGAACGUGAGCUUCGAUUACAGGGACUCACUUCCGGACAUGAGCCGGAUUCUUAUGAAUUUUCGAGUUUAGGUGGAUGGGUCGCAACAAGGGCGAGCGGCAUGAAAAAAAAUGUUUACGGCAACAUUGAGGAUCUAAUCGUUCGGCUAAGAAUGGUCACUGGGAGGAUUGAAGAUUCAGUGGUAACAUUAGAAAAGGGUUUUCAGGUUCCUCGAAUGUCCUGUGGACCCGAUUUCGAUCAAAUGAUUCUUGGGAGUGAAGGUACUCUCGGCGUAGUCACAGAAGUGGUUUUUAAAGUCAGACCUCUACCACGGAUAGUAAAGUAUGGCAGUAUUGUCUUCCCAGAUUUCGCAAGUGGAGUCAAUGCCAUGAGAGAGGUGGCAAGGCAACGUUGUCAGCCAGCGAGUAUUCGGCUAAUGGACAAUGAGCAGUUCAAAUUCGGUCAAGCCUUGAGGCCCGAAACUGGUUGGGGUGGAGUUCUUCUUCAGGGAUUAAAGCACGCCUACGUCACGAAGAUAAAGGGCUACAAUUGGGACAGUUUAUGCGUCGCGACGCUUUUAUUCGAAGGUCACACGAGCGCCGAUGUAUCGGCUCAGGAGCAGAAGAUCUACAGAAUUGCGAAAAAAUUCAGCGGUGUCCCAGCCGGCGAGACUAACGGAGAACGAGGGUACACCCUGACCUUCGUCAUAGCCUACAUUCGCGAUCUGGGCCUUGACUACGGCGUGCUUUCGGAAUCCUUUGAGACCUCCGUCUCCUGGAAUCGUGCAUUCUCUUUAUGCAGGAAUGUGAAGGAAAGAGUGAUUCGCGAUUGCACGACCAGAGGGAUCACGAGUUACUUAGUCUCCUGUCGCGUCACGCAAACUUAUGACGCAGGAUGCUGUAUAUACUUUUACAUGGCUUUCAAUUAUCAAGGCUUGGCUGAUCCAGUCGGGACUUACGAAGCAAUAGAGGAAGCUGCGAGAGAGGAAAUUCUCGCCAAUGGAGGAUCUCUUUCUCAUCAUCACGGCGUAGGAAAAAUGCGGGCAGCUUGGUAUCCCGAAGCUGUUGGAAACGCUGGCGUUUCUCUUUAUCGAGCAGCCAAAGUUCAUCUAGAUCCAAAAAAUAUUUUUGCUGCUGGGAAUUUAGACCCCAAAUGCAAAUCCAAGUUAUAGAUACCAGUUUUCCUAGCGCCUGUUAAAUAAUUAAUGUUGAAUGUACGAUUUGAGAGAAUGUAAUAGAACCGAUGGCCUAGUCAGGAAUUAUCCACGGGGUUUCCUUUUCAAUGUUCUUGAAAAGCUGCAUGUCUUAAUUUUAAUUUUAGCGUCAUUUAGCAUUUUUCUUGUUCUUUUUAAAAAGUGGACAGUAUUUUCAAAUGUAUUUUACCUUGUCAAAUAUGAAAAUUGCUUUCUUCCCUUUCCCCUGACUAAGUCACUGGAAGGAUAGAGGAAAACAACUUUGGGCGUGUAAAUGACAGUACCUCGUAGUAUCACUUUGAUACAAAUUGUAAUUUUAAGCGCAUUGACAUUUUUAUAAGUUAUUAUAAAUAAAGAGAAGUCUUAAUCAA